AUGGACCUGCCAUCCACAGUCCUUGAAGGGAUCAUCUUCAUUGUGUUAUCUGUGAUUGGCUUGCUUGGCAAUGGAAUACUAAUUCAUUUCACAAUGAAAAGCUUUGUGGGACGCGUGCGAGCAUCAUGUGCAGUGCUUUUCUGUCUUGGCGUUGUUCACAUGCUCAGGAUUUUGGUGGUGAACAUACUGAGUGUGAUUUACAGUGUUGGUGGUGUAAGGAUAUUUGAUUCUGCUGGGUGCAAGAUUUUCAAGUUUACCUCUGCUGUCACAACCACUAUCUCAAUCUGGCUAACCCUCUACUUGGCUUCAUUUUAUUACUUGAAACUCAGUCAUGUAGUCCACCCUCUAAGUGUAACACCCACAGUUAGCUGGCGUAACAGACAUCUGCUGGGACUCUUUUCUCUUUGUGUAGCUGGCCUUGCAGUCUAUAUUCCUAUUUUAGUUUAUAGUGAAAAAGUCAAUGAUUCAUUCCUGGCAAACAUUACCAGUAGUCAGAAGCACGCCAGUUUGGUCUAUGCUGCCUGCCAGGUUAGGUAUACCAGUCACAAGCUAGAGCUUAUCUAUGGAACUGUGCUGUUGCUUUCCUUUGAUUUGGUUCCACUAGCAGAUUUUGUUAUUAUUAGCAUUCGAAUAGCACUGCUGUUGUGGCAACAUCACAAAGCCAGCUAUGGAGACAUCUGGAUUGGAGCUGACAAGACAGAGACAGAAGUUUUCAGAGCAAGUAAACUUUCAGUACUUCUAAUGGGUCUUGCAGCUUGCCUGUGGAUUUCUCAUUUUAUCUUGUAUCACUACCAAUCUGAACUGAGCUCCUGCUAUUUUAUUCCUGCCAUACUCGCAGUACUGUCCUGUAGCUAUUCUUCAUUAAGUCCUUACAUACUCAUUAUAGUAAAUUACAAGGUGAGGGAAAAGCUGAAAGACCUCUGCUGUUGGCAUUCCAUGAGGCAAGCCAAAACCCAAGCUGUUACUGUUUCAGCUUCUCCAUAUUCAGAAUGA